AUGUUUCUUGGUCUAUUGUGCAUUACAUAUUCAGUUUUGGCAAAUUAACCAAUAGAGAUUGGGGAGACUAUUAACAAUGCUAUAAUGCCGUGGCACGGAAAUGCCAAAUAUGAAUUAUACUAGUUCGAGUUGAAGGAGGUGAAAUAGGAUGCGGAUUUGGUGGUGGUGGUGAAACAAUUGUCUGCCUUGGGGAAUCCGGACAUUUACAUAUCUACAACGGUAACAGAGCCUAAUGAGCAUACGGCUGAGUAUAUAUGUGACUCAAUUGGGAUGGGUAUGAAAUUUAGUAAAUUGAUAGAUAUAUGUGUGAUUGAUAAUGCAAAGAAGGGUCCGUAUUAUUUGACAGUGCAUUGCGAAGGCUAUUGCAGAUAUGCUUUGAAGGUGGUUUAUCAAUCGGAACUAUUGAUGACGAAUUCUGACGACUUAGAAUUCAAGUAUGAUAGCAAGGCUUGGACAGACGUAGUCAGAAUUGAAACAAAGAACCUGAGUUGGGAGGAAACUCAGAUGAAACCAACAUUGGAGAUUCAAGUACGAGUGAAGAAUAUGGAAAUAUUAUAAGAAUCCUUUAAAUCAUAUUUAAAUAUAGGUGAUUAGAAGCCUACGCCACAGAAAUCUGACUUUGUUGGACAAGAUACUUUCUCAGGAAUGCAGAAAUUCAAGAUUCAUAAUUUGGAAUCUAACAGCAAGUUCACAUUGCUUGUGGAAGGUCAAGAAGGGGCAAUCAUUUAGAUUCAAACCAGAACCUACGGAACCAUUCGUUAUAUGUAAGUGGGAGACAAAGUUGAAGACAUAGUUGCUGAGGAUGACUACUAGUUCUAUUGCAUAGAUCUUACUUAAGAUUCUAAGGGAAUUGCACUUGGCCAAACAGUCUUAAAUAUUCAACUCCUCCCUUUUAAAGGGUAUACUGAAAUGUAUGUUAAUUUGGAUUUCCAACCCCCAUUCUUGGAUUAGUAUUAUUGGCAAUUGAAGGACAGAAUAACUGAUGAUCUGGUGAUCACGAAGACAGAUCUAAGUAAGGCCAAUGCAAAAGGAAAUUAUGCAUAUGUGGCAGUGAGAGGAAAGGAAUCAAAUGCCACAUUUGAAUUGAAAUCCUAAGUCCUAGAUCCCAAUCUCAUGCUCCUAGAACUCAACAAGCCCACAACUGCUAAAUUGUAAAAGACUAAUCAAAUACAAUACAAGUUCUAUGUUAGACACAGUAAAAAACAAACGGUUAGUGUGAGUUUGAAGAAUCUCAAGGGUGAUGCUGAUAUUAUUGUAAAGCAAUGUGAGAAUCUGUGGAUGUGUACCAUACAAUAAGAUGAAAUCCAUGAUAAGGAGUAAAGAGUGGUCACCAAACCUGGAAAAUUGUUUUUGUAUUCAGACAAUCCUGGCAAUGACAUCAUUGUGUUUGAUAAUGAUCCAGAGAUGUGUUAAAAGUAUGAGAAUACAUAUCAAUGUUUUUAUGAUGUGGUUAUAUAUCCUGGACCUAAAAAUGAUCAAGACGAACUUAUUUACUCAAUACUCAUAACCACAAAGGGAGAAUAGAUCAUUUUAAGAGAAAACACUCCACUGAAAUAGUACGUAGGAUUGGGCUUAAAUAAUUACUAUAAAUUCAUAGUUGAAGAGUAAGAUUAUAUUAGAAGAAUGAUGAUUCAAAUUACACCCAUCUAAGGACAACCAAAACUGUUUGCAUCCUAAACUACCCAGAAUCCCACCUAACAAGAUAAGUAGGCUGUGCAAAAUGUCAUCACUUAUGGAUAAUUUGGGUAGUAGGGUGACUAAGAACCGAUAAAAGGAACCUAUUACAUAGCUGUCAAUGGGUACACAGCAUGUCAAUAUAUCAUCACAGUGUAUGUGUUUAGAAACAGGGGAGACUGGAGUUAGAUUGGCAAAUUUCCUCAUCAAUACAUAUUGCUAUUAGAUGGAUAUCCCUAAGAAAUUACUUCCUAGAACAAUACUGAUGUCUGGUUAUUUAAGAUCGACUUGAGUGCUUAUGACAAUCCUGAACAGCUAAUGCACUAUGGUGUUGAUGUUAAACUCAGAGUCAUUCAAGGAAGCUUCUUAAUGUAUGGGUUUGAUCGUCCUAAUGUGAACAAGAGCUAAGCAUUCUUGAAUGGCUCUGAUUUCUUAUCCCUCAACACGUUAAGCAAAAUCUAUCCUCAAUAUUUGUAUAUCAGAGUGGAACCAAAUCCAGUGAUUUCCACAAAUCAAUUAUCAUUCCAAAUUUAUUAUAGAAUCAACAAUCAACCAAUUGAAUUGAUUUUAGGCGAUAAUUACAGAGGUUACAUAUCUAAAGAUGAUACCUAAUAAUUCGUACUCAGCUACUUCACAAAUGAUGAAUUGGUGAUAACAAAGAAUGCUGAAUACAUGGAUUAAUCAGUUUUAAAGGCAAGGGUUUACUAUGGUAAUUUUGAUCAAGACAUGACGACCUCGAGUUUCUUAUUAAAGAGUGAGGACUUAAACUUUGAGAAAUGUAAAACAAAUGCCACAGAAAUCAUUAAGUGUCAAAUUACAAUUUUCAUCUCUGCAAAAGUCGACACUUAUUUCUCUUUGUUGAUUACCAAAGAAGCCUCUGUCGUUUUCUUGUAUGAUGGUGAACCAGUCACAAAACAACUCUAAAAUAAAAAAGAUCACUUUUUAUUCUAUUUGACUGAUCAAGAAACUGAAAUAUCCGUAUUUUCCAUAUCAGGAGAAGUCAAAAUAUUGGUUCAAUUCUUUGAGUAAUAACCUAAAUUGGAACAAUUUCCAACCAAUAAUUUGGAUGCUGCAAUUCAAUCCUUAGAUGAUUCGAAUGAUAUUGGCAGUUCAAUCUUCAUAUCCAAUGAGCAUCUUGAAUUAAAAUAAUGCAAAGAGAAAGGAUGCUAUAUAGCUGUGACCUGCAUCAAGGAUCCAAAAUAUGAUGCUAAAGGAUAAUACGUCAUCACCAGAUCCUCAAGCUAUACAGUCCUAUAUCCAUCCAUCAUAUAUUACGGUGAGGCUGAGAACUUGAAGAUGAAAUAUUUCAAAAUCUCCAAUGUCUCACUGUCACAUGGACUCAUGGUCGUAGUGUCUCCCUUAAGUUAAGGCAGUUUAAUAGUUCUAGCCAGCAGAAACGAGAUGCCCACUUUAGACACUUAUUAAUACUCCUCUAAUUCUAUGUUAGGAGACCAACUCGUCAUUCAGGCUUAAGAGGAUGAAUCUAAGUCAGUUAAUUACUAUGUGGGUGUUUAUGCAUUUGAUAAUGUGAAGUUUUCAAUCCAAAUCAAUAUUGGAAAUCUUCACUUUUAUCAGCUCAAAAAAGGAAUACCUAUGAACUUCUACGCUGAAUACAAUUCAUUCACCUACCUUAAUUACUACCAUUCUCAAGACUCUGAAUUCACUAUCUUGUUCAGCUCCAAUCUUGUGACUCAAUACAAUAGAGCAAAUGUUCAUGUGUACACCUAUAAAGACAUGUCAAUGUAGGCAGAUGCCAUUCAAAAAGUUCAAUAGGACCCAAUGUGGAAAAUGGCUGAUUACUUCUUAACAAUCAAAAAGGAUAUCAAGUACUGUUCAUCAUGUUAUUAUUUGAUCUGUGUUCAGAACUUCAAUGUAAAUAAUGAUAUUUCGAUAACUAUAUAAUUGGAAAACGAAUCAACUUAAAUGUUAGACAACGUGGAAAUUACCAAUCAAAUUUAGCCCAACAAACCCCAUUAUUAUCAUUACAUAGUCGAAGAUGACUUUUAUUUGAAUGCCACCAUCUUUGAAGGCAAAGUCUAAAUCUUAGGAGGGUUCCAUAAGCAUUUAUCAGAAAUCGAGUAUCCCUUGCUUACUCUAGAUGUAAAUGAGGGUCUUACUGAUAAAAAUGGUCAAGUAAUUGGAUACUCCUACAGCGAAGGAAAAUUCCCUAACAAAACCAUUAAAGUCAAUAAGGAUAACUCUGAGAAUCCAAAAUAUCUUUAUAGAUUCAAAAUCGUCUCCAGCUCUGUGUCUACCUAUAAGAUUGAGUGCAUCCAAUAAAGAUAAGCAAUCGAACUCAAAGUUGGAGAACCCCAAAGCCACGAACUCAAUUCAACACAUACCGUUCCAUUCUAUUUUGUAAUUCCUGAAAGAGCCUACGACAACUCAAAUGAAGGCUUCUACACAUUAGAUAUUGAAACCUAUGGCCACUCACAAGCAAGAAUCAGCGAGAAGACUUAACAUCCCAAUAUCAAAUUAACUUAAGAUCUCUAUAGCAAUCCAAAUUUCCUUAGUGAAAAUCACAACUUCUAGGAUGUUCAAUUCAUUAGACACAAUCAAACAGAUCAAAUAAUCCAUUUCGAAUUUCCAAACACUCCAGGACUGUAUUUCCUACAAAUCAGUCCUAGAGAAGCCUCAAAUCUCCCCUAUACCGUUACCUUGGGAAAUGAUUUCCUAAAUAUUUUGGCACCAAAACUCUCGAGAUUUGCCUCCAAUAGGAUUGGGUAACAAAGAUUCUGGGAAUUGAAUUUGUACAAACCUUCCAAAGUUCUCAUUCAGGCCUAAUUAUGCGGUGGAAUCAUAAGUGUUUAUGGAAGUGAGAACCUUGAAAACUUGCAAAGAGGAUCAUAUUCCUAAAAAAUGGACUAUAAACAUAACAAAUAGAUUAUUGGAACCAUACCAAUUUCAUCAUCUGGCCCCUAUUACUUGAGCACCAAGGCUGUUAAGAGCAUGAUUCCUUAUAAGGAUUACGUGGAUUACAUCCUGAAAGUGAAUGUACUUCAACCAAGCAGUGUGGUACCACAUGAGCACUUUGAACCUGGAGAUGGAGGUGAAUUCACAGCACAUUACGAUGGAUCGAAUAUCACUAUCUUUUUUAGUCCCAUUCAAGUUUCUGAGCAAUCCAGUUCUGAGUACAAGAUCUAGAGUUUCUCAUACAAUUUUAUUUACAAGUUGUAUAAUUAGUCAAGUGAAGAAAUUCCCUUUUAUCACUGCGAUUCUUCAAUAAGCUUCCCUUCCAUAUCGUUUAACAAAGAACCUCAUUAACGUCUUAAGGAAUUGAAUCACGAAUUCUAUGUUGGCAAAGACUUCGAGAAGAUAUCUCUCAGCAUUUUAGCUAAAGUCAGAGUAACUACAAACAAUUUUGAAGAAUUGAAGCUGUAUUAUUAUUAUGACACACUUUCUAUGAAGGUGGAUAAUAUUAUAUUGAGGUCCAAUCCAAAAGCAUAUAGAAGAGGAAUCAUUUUCGGAAUUAUCACAAUUCUGUUAAUAGCAAUUAUCUGGUUAUUUAUAAGAAACAGAAAAUUAAAAUAAUUAAUACAAUUUGAAUCUUCCUAAUAAGGAACUCAACAUUUAGUAAGGCAGGAGCAAUCAAUUGAAAUGAAUUAUGCAAAUUUACGUUGAUAAGUGUGAUAUAUUAUAUAUGA